AUAUACAGGGAUUUUAUCGUUCCUGUGAACUGUGAAGAGGAUCUAAAGACUAUAUUUUCUUUGUAUGAAGUAGUUCAGACCCACUCCAACCAUUGCUUGAGGGGUGGGUCAUGAAUUAUUUUUUCUGAGGUCGGUUAGAAUGUCGCUACUUAUUUAAUUUGGCUACACCAUCUCUUUCCUGUAACUGGAAUUGCCGGCUUGCUCAGCUGUCGUUCCGAUUUCUUCUUCUUCUUCUUCUUCUUCUUCCCCCUUCUUCUCACAUUCCCAAAGCAAUAGGUGCAAGUGAUGAAGCAUCAUUUCUGAACAUUCAUGUUCAGUUUCUUCAUAAAUUCAACAGGGCUGAUUAGAGACCUAAACACUUCACUAGUUCAGGUUUUCAGGAUUUCAUAGAAUAAUAAGGGGGCGACGAUGCUACAUGCAAGUGGCUGCUCAUCUUCUUCAUCUUGUCCUUCUUCUUCCCCGCGUUUGUGCUUGUGGAGCCCUGCUAAUAAUGAAUUGCAUGAUGAUGGACUAAAAAUGUCGCCUCCAUUAUCCUGCUACUCUAAUUCUAUUGCUAACCUGGACGUAACUUUGUCUGACCAGUCUUUCGUGCAAUUGGUUCUGGAGAAGUCAUUGCAGAAUAAGUUCAAUGCAUCCAUUCCUUCAAAUGGAACUCCAAUGCAGAAGUCUGCUGCAGAACUGGUAAAGGAGAUAGCAGCACUUGAAGUUGAAGUCAUGGUUUUGGAGCAUAAUCUUCUCUCUCUUUAUCGGAAAUCUUUUGAAUACCGUCUAGCCACCUUGCCUUCUGCUGUGAUGGACCAAGGUCCCCGAUCUCCUCUUCCAUGUAAGACCGGAUCACUGGUGAAUGUAACAAAUCAGUCUGGUUGCCACAAGGAUACUGAUAUGCAGAGAGGUGCUCGUGCUUCAACUGAGAACGAUCAAACUUCCCACUUACAUGAUUCAGAUGAUUCAGAUCAAAGUUAUCUUUCUCUUUCAAAAUUAACAUCUAAAAAGGAUCCAAAGAAAGAUAUAUCGAGCCAUCGCACCCUUGCAAAUCUCCUUUGUGUUUCCCUUACGGAUGAUGUCCCUGAGACACCUGAUAGACUUUCUGAAGACAUUAUCAAAUGCAUAUCUUCUAUUUUCUGCAAACUUGCCAAUCCAAAGCUACCUCAUAUAGGCUUAUCAGCUUCUCCUUCCUCAUCCUUGUCCUCCUCCAGUACCAUGUCUCCUCAGGAUUUCUGCGAUAUUUGGAGCGCUCGAUGCAGUGAAGAUGCUUCGUUGAAUCCUUGUCAAUUUGAAGAGCUGAAAGAGAAAAGUGACCCUUACAAGGAAAUGAUAGAAGUUUUGAGGAUAUGUGUAGAUGAUGAUAACUUUAACUAUGCUGCAACUAUGCUGCAAAAAUUCAGGUCAUUGGUUGAACGUCUUGAGAAAGUUGACCCCAAGGAGAUGAACCGUGAAGAGAAGCUUGCAUUCUGGAUCAACAUUCACAAUUCCUUGGUGAUGCAUGCAUAUUUAGCUUAUGGAAUUCAUCAUAAUCGCAUCAAAAGUACAUCCUCAGUACUAAAGGCAGCUUAUAAUGUUGGGGGCCAUUCCAUAAAUUCUGAUGUAAUACAGAGAUCCAUUCUAGGAUGCCAGCCACGCCGUUCAGCACUGUGGCUACAAACACUGUUUUCACCGGGAGCUAAGUUCAAUCCAGGGAGUAAUGGACAUGUUUAUGCCCUUGAUUACCCGGAGCCACUAGUUCAUUUUGCACUUUGUUCGGGAGCAUACUCAGACCCUGCUGUUCGAGUCUACAAAGCAAGCAGUGUAUUUCAAGACCUCAAACUUGCAAAAGAAGAGUAUAUUCAAUCUAGUACCUACAUCGACAAUAACACAAAAAUUAUCCUGCCAAAGCUCCUAUAUUACUAUGCCAAGGAUGCUGCUCUAGAUUUACCUGGGCUAUUGGAGAUUGUACAUUCAUGUGUAUCCAAAACUCAACAGAAAGCUCUCCAGGGAUUCAUAAAGGGCAGAAGGCUGGACAAGCAUAUUCAGUGGUCACCCCAAAACUCUGCCAUCCGGUAUAUAAUCCACAAAGAGUUGGCUCAAGAAUGAGUCUCCAUACGAUCAUUUUUUUUUCGUUUCUGUAUUAUGACAUGUACGGUUGUAACCAGUAAUACUUCAUAUAUCAUAAAGGUAUUCAAAGGCAAAAAACUAUGAAAGCUUGACCAGCUCCUGUAGGGUAAUCUUU